CAGCCAUUUGCAGUAACAACUUCAAUGCUUCAUGUUAACAUUUUGUUUGAUCAAGUAUGACAUUUAGCCAUAGCAGCAAAUUCAAUGACAUAUGUAGGUCUAGUAUCUGUCUAUACUAAAGACAAAUUAGUACGUAUCAGUUUGGACUAGAAUUGAAGUUGUUAAGAAUUUUAGUGUUUGAUAAGAAAUGCAUUAUUCUGCUAAUACGCACCUCUGGAAACACCCAUGGCCUCCAUAUUGGGGGUAGACACAUUGUUCAGUUCCGGUGCUUAUUGAGUGUUUGAAUUGAUAUGUUUGCUUGUCACUGUCCAAAAAUAGUGAAUUACUAUGCGGUGCUCGGCCGCAACAAUACAGGUGGGAGUGACAAAGUUGCAUUUUACCAUUUACCGGCACCAGUUUUGAAUCAAGGGAAGAAGACUGAACAUUUGUCAAGGAAAUGGAGAUGACUUUCACCAAACAGCCAGAUUACCAUUCCAUGCAUUUGUGUUUGCUCUGAACUCUUUGUUGAAGGCUGCCAUGGUGGAGUGUAUCAGAGGAAGUUGUACCGGGACUUGAUGGUAAAUUAUAAUCGGCUGGAACGACCUGUCCAAAACGACUCCGCACCCAUCCUGGUGGAACUGGGUCUCACUUUGCUACAGAUCAUCGAUGUGGAUGAGAAGAACCAAGUUCUGAUCACUAAUGCUUGGCUGCAGCUGUUUAUGUGGACAACAGCGCUGGCCUGUAUUUGGAUCCACACAGGUGGGCACCUUUUCCUGCCUCCGCUGUUCCAGAGAGCACACGAUGCAGCGGCGAACUACAUCAGUGCAACUGACUGGUUAUGGCUGAGGACAGUCACAUCACAACAGCAGUGGACAGAUGUGUACCUUACAUGGAAUGCAGAGAGUUACCCUGGUGUUCAAAACCUGCGAUUCCCUUCCAAUUUGAUAUGGGUGCCAGAUAUUCUCCUCUACAACAGUGCUGAUGAGAGGUUUGAUGCAACUUUCCAUACAAAUGUACUGGUCAAUGCUACAGGUUCCUGCCAGUAUAUCCCACCAGGCAUCUUAAAGAGUACCUGCUACAUCGAUGUGCGCUGGUUCCCAUUUGACGUGCAGAAGUGUGACCUAAAAUUUGGCUCCUGGACGCACAACGGCUGGCUGCUGGAUCUCCAGAUGAUGGACGUGGACAUCUCCAGCUACAUACCCAAUGGCGAGUGGGAUCUCGUCGGUGUGCCAGCUAAGCGGAAUGAGCUCUACUACGACUGUUGCAAAGAGCCAUAUCCUGAUGUGACAUUCACUGUCACCAUGCGCCGUAGGACACUUUACUACGGCCUCAACCUGCUUAUCCCCUGUGUGCUCAUCUCUGGUUUGGCCCUGCUGGUCUUCCUGCUCCCUGCAGACUCCGGGGAGAAGAUCUCACUGGGCAUCACUGUGCUGCUGUCUCUAACUGUGUUCAUGUUGCUGGUGGCAGAGAUAAUGCCUGCUACAUCAGACUCUGUUCCUCUGAUUGCUCAGUACUUUGCCAGCACAAUGAUGAUAGUGGGCUUAUCUGUAGUGGUGACAGUUCUGGUUCUCCAGUUCCACCACCACGACCCCCAAGGAGGGAAGAUGCCCAAAUGGGUUCGAGUGAUCCUUCUCAACUGGUGCGCUUGGUUCCUGCGCAUGAAGAAGCCUGGAGAGGAAAGAAAACCAAGCAGUCAGUCUGGCGUUUGCGUAUCCUACAAGUAUCGCCAUGCCCCUCCUCACCACACCAGCACCAACAGCAUUCAGAUGAGCACCAUACCAGGCCAGGCCUCCACCCAGUCAACUAACACUAAUGGAAACAGUAACCUGUACCUGGGAUAUCAUUCCAUGGGAACAGACAACCCUUCUUUCCCAACCAGCACUGAUCCGAGUGCGCUGAUGUGCGGGAGCGGCAGUGGAGACAGCGACAGAAACCCCACUGGUUCAAGGCCGGGUGACAUCCACUCAGAGCAAACACAGACUUUCCUGCUGGAGCAGCUCCCAGAAAUGUCUCGAAUCCUGGAGGAAGUCCAAUACAUCGCCAGGCGCUUCCGAGAGCAGGAUGAGGACGAGGCCAUCUGCAGCGAGUGGAAGUUUGCAGCGGCGGUGGUGGAUCGCUUAUGCCUGGUGGCCUUCUCGCUGUUCUCCAUCAUCUGCACCUUCACCAUCCUAAUGUCAGCUCCCAAUUUCAUUGAGGCGGUGUCCAAGGACUUCACAUGAAGUGGAUCUUUACGCGAUAAGAGCAAACAGCGGAAAGGUUCAUGUUAAACAUUCAGAAACUGCUCGCCUCCAUGCUUCUAACUGCUGAUGACCAACAAGAUCUUGUUGCACACAUACACUCCAAUUCAGACACUUCCUCCAGUUCCAUUUGUUUACUUGCUGUAAUGUGAAAAUUUUAAAUAGCAGAAUCUUGCUUUUUCUCAAUUUAUUUAACUCCACUAAUACAUAUUUUUACUGCCGCCAUGCACGCUACACUUCUUUGCUGUGAAGCAUUGGAUGCUCUGGUCAUGUUUUGUUUUAUUGUAUCAUAUAUCCUGAAGAAAUCCAGAUCUUAACUUUUUCUACAUAUAAAUAUUUCAUGGUUUAGAUUGAUUUAUCUUUUUGUUGUUGUGUAGAAUACAUUUUGUGAAAAUUUCUCAGAGGUAAUGAAAUUAUUAUGAUUAUAAUAAAGUAAUAAUAAUAGCCAAUUGAGAGUAAAAAGCAUGAUACCAAAUGUGUGUGUGGGGUGGUAUGUAAUAUAUAUUAUAUAUUGCAAUAUUAUAAAUCCGUAUUGGAGCAACAAAUGCUGAGGCUAUUUCAAUGUUUCAAAUAAGCAAAAGAAAUACAGUCGACGACUGAGUCUUCACUCUUUCCGUAGCCUAUUAUUGAACACACCAAGUAACGAGAGUAAGCAAGCAGCCAAUGUUACCAAACUUGCAUUCAUUCAUUAAUUCAUUUUCCAUACCGCUUAUCCUCACCGUACCGCGUGCUGGAGCCUAUCCCGGCUGACUCUGGGCGAGAGGCAGGGUACACCCUGAAAUGGUCAAUUACAGAACUUGCACUCAAUAUUGCAGAAGUAAAACUUAAUAAUAAUGAAUAAAUAAUAAUAAAUGCUGUAAACAGCAAUUCAGGCAGACAGCGAAUGAACCUUGCCGUGCUUUAUCCAGACAUGUUAACACAGAACUGGCAAGUGCCGCGUGCAUAGCAACUGCAUAGGCAUAUCUGGACAUCCAAGUUCAGGUCUAUGCAUUGCCAUCUAUAGAGACUGAGUUGAGAAGUCAGAAGUGCCGUCAAGGGGUUUGGGCGCUGGAAUUUUUUGUUCCACCGUGGCCCUAUCUGUUAUACUCAAGAGGAGCUACUGCCCAUGUCGAACGUUUAACAAGAGCCAAUGGGUAAAGAUAUUUGCACUCCAGAGUGGAUGUUAUGUCACUAAAACAGACAACAGAAAUGAAUGAAACAAAUUUACUCAUCAUUACCAAUAGACUAUUAAUUCUGCUAAUCUAAAAAUAGAUAUACUGUACAUAUAUUUAAAAAUAUGUUUCAUUUACUUAAUGUUUUCAUUAAUUCUUUUGUCUUCAGGGAAAUAAUAUGGUGACAACCAUGCGUGGUAGGGCGAUGCCCUCGCACCCUUUAUUGACCAGCCACCACUGCUUCACUUUCAUAAAUGUGGGAAUGAAAUUGCAUAAAAAUGUACCAAACAGUGAAAUUUAUCUUGCCUGGCUUGGAAGGUCAGCACCCCCUAAACCUCUGUUCCUAGAAUCGCCCGUUUCACAUUGUAAUACCCAGUGAAAGGCAAACACUUCCCAACCUUUGAUACACAUCAUGCAAGAAGGAUUAGCGAUCUUAUGUAACACAUUGGUGUUCAAGCAUCUCACGACUUCUGAAUGUCAUAUUCAUUUAAAUAUUAACUUCUUUCCUGAUGAUCUCAUAGGUCUCUUUUGACUUCAUGGAGAGACGGAACGCAACAAGUGUUUCUUGAUUGAAACAUUGAAUUGAAUUCCUGCUGUUGCAGUUAAUCACUAGAACGCAGUCAAAAGAACCACCACCAGUGAUUACUUAGUGUCGCCGUUAUGACUCAAAAUCUGUAAACGCUUAGAAAAUUCCCAUGCUAGACAAUAAUAGUCAAAUCGGGUGGUUGUUGUUUUCGCCACCAGGCAAAGAGGAAUAAUUAUUUGAUCCACUGCUGAAUUUCUAAGUUUGCUCACCUAAAAAAAAGUACAAAUAAAUAGAGUUUUAUGAUUGUUCAAUGAUUAUGGCAACAGACGAUCAGUCAGCAAUUCAUAACACAAUAUAGAAGUUAUACAAUGUUGUCCAUUUUAUUGAGUGAAAUAAGUAUUUGAGCCGCAAGCAAAACAUUUUAUUGUUCAUAUUUGGUGGAAAUCUUACACUACAUUGCUCUGUUCACUGGCCCUUCAAUGCAUCUUGUACACUAUUCAGAAAAACAGCCCCAAAACAUAAUGUCUCCACUUUAUGCUUACUGUUGGCAUUGUGUUCUUUGGGCCAUACAAAUAUUUCUUUCAUCCUGCAAACACGGCAGGUCGAGGUGAUGGAAAAUAGCUCAACUUUGGUUUCAUCUGACCACAGUGCUUUGCCAAAUGUCUUUAGAUUAUUAAGAAGUUCCUGCAGUCUACUUUGAGGCUGCUUCCUUCCCUUUCUCAUGCCCAUCCUCACUCCACAAGGCCAGAUCUUGCAGGGAGCUCUAGACUGAAGGCAAUUCAUGUCCUCUACUUUCCAAUAAUGGCGCCAAUAUUUUGCUAAUGGUUUUAUAACCCAUUCCAGCCUUGUGCAGGUCUACAAUGUUGUCCCUAAUAUCUUUUGAGAGCUCAUUAUUCUGGCAUAAAGUGAGCAAAGUUACCAAUUCAGCAGGGGAUCAAAUCAUUAUUUCCCCCACUGUAUCUUAGGUUUGUUAAAAAAAAAAAAAAGAUUGCAUAAAUUGCUAGAGACAUUAAAUAGGUUCACCUGCAAAGUUUAAUGUGAUUUGGUAAAACAGCUGCAUCACACAUUCUGCUUUUACAAGUAAUAAUUUGAAAAUAUGUUCAUUACUGUAUUGGGUCUGCGGUGGUCUCGAACUACAUUACAUCAUAGUGAGGAUGCGGCACACAAGUUGCAUAAUUAGUGAUGGAACAAAGGGAGAAAAGAAUGCUGCUGUAUUCUUCUUUCAGUGUUCAGUUACCAUGUCACUGUGUGUGACAAAUGCAGAUGUAGAAUUUUGAAAAGAGGUGUGAAAAAUGAUUUCGGAAUUCAGCAGACAAAGUGGAAAAGACAGUGACUCAAGCAGUUUUUGUUGGUAUGGACACGUGAAAACAGUCUGAGGAGAGUGGGACACUAUGCUUUGGUCAUAACGAGUGUGUUUUACUUUGUGGUCUGCUCAUUGUGGUUUAAUCUCCUUUAAAGGAUACGCAUAAAUUCUCACUGUCUGAGAAAAAUAAAGAAAUGUUCAACCUG